GUUACAAAAUGGAGACAAAUGCAGCAUCUAAUAGCCAUAUGGAAACUCUCGCUAAAAAUAAACUUCAUGUUUGCAAACAUUGUGGGAAGUCUUUUAAAACCGAAAGAUAUUUACGGAUACAUUCAAAAAGUCACGCAGGAGCGAAAGUCAAUAUUUGUGAUUUUUGUGGAAAAUGUUUUACAACGUCAAGCAUUUUAGAGGUUCAUCAGCGAAUUCACACAGGAUCUAAGCCAUAUGCAUGCAAAUCCUGUGGGAAGUGUUUCACGUCAGCUGGAAAUUUGAAAAGGCAUACCCGAAUUCACACAGGGGAAAAACCAUUCCUUUGUGAACAUUGUGAAAAACGUUUUACAACGUCAUGUAAUUUGAAGGUUCAUGAGAGAAUCUACACAGGAAUCAAACCAUACACAUGCAAAUCCUGUGGAAAAUGUUUUACGAGAGCCAGUAAUUUGAAUAUUCACAACCGAAUCCACACUGGAGAGAAGCCAUUCACUUGUAAGCAUUGCGGAUAAUGUUUUAGAGUGGGGUUUGAUAAAAGUGAAAGAACGCACACAGGAAUCAAACCACAUGAAUGCAAAUCCUGUGGAAAAUGUUAUACGAUGGCCGGAAAUUUGAAUAUUCAUAUCCGAAUUCACACCGGGGAAAAGCCAUAUGAUUGUAAACAUUGCGGAAAAUAUUUUACAACAUCGUGUAAUUUGAAGGUUCAUGAGAGAAUCCACACAGGAAUCAAACCAUACACAUGCAAAUCCUGUGGAAAAUGUUUUACGAUGGCCGGAAAUUUGAAUAUUCAUAUCCGAAUUCACACCGGGGAAAAGCCAUAUGAUUGUAAACAUUGCGGAAAAUAUUUUACAACAUCGUGUAAUUUGAAGGUUCAUGAGAGAAUCCACACAGGAAUCAAACCAUACACAUGCAAAUCCUGUGGAAAAUGUUUUACGAUGGCCGGAAAUUUGAAUAUUCAUAUCCGAAUUCACACCGGGGAAAAGCCAUAUGAUUGUAAACAUUGCGGAAAAUAUUUUACAACGUCAUGUAAUUUGAAGGUCCACGAAAAAACGCACACAGGAAUCAAACCAUAUAAAUUCCAAGCAUGUGGAAAACGUUUUACGAAAGCCACAAAUUUGAAUAUUCAUACCCGAACUCACACUGGGGAAAAGCCAUAUGAUUGUGAACAUUGCGGAAAAUGUUUUACAGAUGGUGGACAUUUGAAAAGACAUAUCCUAAUCCACACCGGAGAAAAACAUCACGCUCAAACAUAG